AUCGAUCCCAUUGACGUCGGCCGACAUAAAGUGUUUGAGGACGGGUUCUCGGGUACGCCAUAUUCAACAUCAGAUGAACUGCAACAACCACCAGCAAAAAUAAAGAUGUACUUACCUGCUUUGCCUUCAUUGCCUUAGGAUUCGUUUUCAACAACUUUUAAUUCUUUCUCGCAUCCGUAACAGCGUCGGCCCUCUAGUCUUCAUCAAAACUCCCUCAACAAGUUCAGACCCUGACGAGUUCGAGUCUGGAUCCAAUUUCUUUAGGUCUAAACUCUGCGACGAUGGUGUUUAGUAGAAGGUUUGGAGGAGUCUGACCGGAUGUGUCACUGUUUGGCGAUACCUCACUAGCCUCACUCUUCCCUGUUAUUCAGCUCUCUCUACCAGAACCGUUCAUAAUGGUGCCUGUUAACACCUUCGGCCUUGGUGAAUGCCUGGACAUCACCCCAAAGCAACUGGGAAAGCAAUCGCCAGUCGGCAACUCAUCCCGUCUGACCGACUAUUACCCCGACGCAUUCACAGACUGUCAUGGUACUUCCAGUGGGGCACCCUGCAUCUUCAAGACAGGUCCUACCUGGCCUAAACCCGAGGGUUCAGAAGCGCAGCCCUACGUUCGCGAGUUGCGUGUUGUCAAUGGCCACCCUAUCCCAAACUCCGGGCAAACCUCCGCGUGAAUAUUGGGAAAUAUACCUCUCGUGGGGUCAGGUGGAGCUCGGUCGAUGCCAUAGGCUUCGCCAACGCUGGGGACAAGGAGCCGUUUUGAACGCUCGGAUCGGCGUGCUGCCUACCACCCUCCCUUUUGAGAAUACGAAGGCUGCUGCUCAGUACAUCAAGGGUACUAUCGUCAGCCAAGCCGGCUUUCCUGGGAUUGAAGUCGCUUUCCACAGUUUGUGGCCCGAAGCUCCUCUCCUUCAAUCCCCUCUGUUGAGCGCAGAGUUUGACGAAUCGGGUCCGGACAAAAAGAGCGAACGACGAAACAACUAGAUAGUACUGAAUGUAGAACACCGAUAUUGAUAGUAAAUAUCCUAGAUAGGAAGAUACUAGUAGCGUCCGCCGUUGCUACCCAGAUGGAACUUAUGUUAGUGAAAGAGUGAGAGGUACAGCUUGCUUUAUAUCCGG